CUCAGUAGCGCGGUUUGUCCUGGUGACGCAGUUGGUUGCUAGGUGUGAGUGAACUGAUGCUUUCUCGCAAUUAAGCAGCCUCCUCAGUUUACAGGUCGACCACAACAAAGCAACAACUCGCCCUCUUUGCGCUGUUCCGGAUAUUCCGAGCUCAAAUAUGGCUCUUUAAAUUCGUUAAGUUGUCGGACCCGUAAAGAAGUCGUGCUUUGCUUUAGCAACGCACCCCCAAGUGCUCUACAUUUUUCUCUGCAAUAAUGGAGUUUCAUUAUGCUCACCCAGCCCUGCUCUCUGUGGCCCAUCUGUCAGACCCUUCUUGCUUUCAGCAUAUGUUUGGACUUGGACUGAAUCAAAGCACCAACAGACAAAAUGAUGGCAACAUCAGCUCCUGUUUGGAAGAGUCUUCGUGUCUGCCCGGCAGACCCCCUCGCUCUCUCUCACCCACAGGCUAACCACAGCCAAUCACAGGGGUGCAGGGGGGAGGUGUCAGAGGAGAGUCAGCACUUAAUUGGUGAUGGUCUUACUGACUGGAUGACGGAAGAAGUGGAUUUCUCCUCGUACCUCCCAAACCCUCCUUCCCCUCCCUCCUCCACCAAUGCCUCCCUUCCCCCUUCACCCCUUCAGAAUGAUAUCCAGGUGCCCUCUGACUUGGAGGUCAUGACCUCUCUGCUGCAAGAGGAACUCGCCCAACUAGAGGACUACUUCCUGUCUGAACCACUGCCAGAUAAAGGGCAGAGGCUGGGAAAAUGCGACAGGGGUCCACUGCCGGCGGGUCCUCAGCCGUUCAGUCAGCUGCCAUACGCAUCAUACUCUACAUCCAACCAAUCGGAAUCCAGCCCCCUCCUUGUUACCCUGGCAACGGGAGAACUGGACCUGCUGAGUAUCUGUGGUGGGCCCAUUGGGCGAUCCAAAAUUCCAAGACACGCCCCAUACAGCUGCAGUCGCCCCAGUGGGUGUGGUAGGAAAAGAGUUCCUGAUGGCAUGAGGUUUACCGAAGGGUACGAUAACAGUUUGUUGAGUUCCAAAGGCAGUAACUCAGGUAACUCAGUGGUGACCCUCACCACUAACUAUGGCUGUGUAGAGGACGAGCAGGUGGUAGGGAAAAGCUACUGUCUGGGUAGCGCAGUUGAGGUCAGAAGAUGCGCGGUUCUACCAAAAGAAGAGAAAAAUUGCUGUUUCAGUCAAGAUGUCAUAGGUGGUACGAAGGUUGUUGGUGGUGGAUUUGGCUUUGGUGGAUCACUUGAGGUCCCACAUAAGAAAGAGGAUUUGCUAAUGUAUAGCAUGAGGGAUGUCAGCGGAGGCACCGGUAACAACGAGCUGCUGAAUAGUAUCAAAACUAGUGUGGAGGUAACAAAAGCCAGUGUUUCUUGGAAAUCAGAGAGCGGCGAGGGUUGUUACCUUCCAGCAACACCACAGUCUGAGGCCUAUCAUAGCUUCUUCGGCAACAUCAACGAACAGGUGAAAUCAGAGAGUCUGCAGAUAGGGCAGCAUGAUCUACAUUGUAAUUUCCUUGAGGAUCAGGGUGCAGAGUGUCUUCUUAUGGCUAGGGAGAGUCUGAACUUGGAGUCUUCAGGGCGCAGACAAGCAUGCAGGCUGAAGGACGAGCACUGUGCUUUAAAAUACGAAGUGGACAUCAUUCCAGCUGAAGGUGGCGAGCGCAAACAGAAGAAGAGAGAUCAGAACAAAACUGCUGCUCACAGGUAUCGCCAGCGAAAAAGGGCGGAGCUAGAUUCUUUGGAGGAGCAGUUGCAUUGCCUUGAAGGGAGGAACCGGGAGCUCCGCGACAAGGCAGAGUCUGUAGAACGCGAAAUUCAGUACGUCAAAGACCUACUGAUUGAAGUUUACAAGGCCCGUAGCCAAAGGCACAAGCAGGACACAACAGCAUAACACCAAGCUUCUGCAAGUACAACGUAACAGGGCGUAACAGGGCGUAACAGGGAAGAUGUGUGUGUGUCUUUAAAACUGUUUAGUUUUUUUUUUUUGUUAGUUUUUUUUUCAUGGCAGGUGGGGUAAGUGCAUGCUUUGCUAAUGUGAAUUGUUUUUUAUAUUUUAAAUCAACACUCUGUCCAAUGCUUCCAUUGCUUUCGCACUCUGAUCACUUGAGCCUGCACUGUGGCAUUGCGAUGCUUUAAAUGACAAUCAUUUUUAACAGAUCUCGCACUGCGUGAAUCUACUAAUUGAAAUAGGGUUAUUUAUUCAGAAGUAAUGUUAUUCAUUAUGCAGGACUAAUAUUUUUAGUAGCCUUACAUUGAAAUUGAUGUCAGCAAUAGAAGUUUGUUUUUUUUUUUCUGUUUGAAAUUUUUAUUUUUCCACGUGUCAACAUUUUCAGUAGUUGCAGUAGUCAAAUAUUUUAUUGAUGUCAACAAGCGGAACGGCGUCAUUACAUUUUGAACACAUCUUUCAAACCAAAUACUUUUCUAGAAUAAUUUCUAGCCUCCCUUGAUCAGCGAAUGAUAUUUUGAAUUCUAUGAAUAUUUAAAAAUAUUAGAACUGCAGUUGAAGUUGACUUUCACAACUGCCGAAAGAACCGCCAAUAUACAGAGGAGCUCUCCAUCAUCAGCUUUGGGAAAGAUUUACUAUUUCUACAAUUUUUUUAUUGUCACUUUUUUUUGUUGUUGUUUUGACAAAGCUUUUGAUUGACUUCAAGUCUGAUGCAGGUGUAACAUAACACUCAUAACAGUUGAUGGGAUUCAGUUGGUAUGUUUUGAGCAUUUGUUACUUUUUUUUUUCCUUUUUGCCAAAAGUCAAGCAUAAAUGUUUUGCUCAGCUUUGCUUGAAACGACACUUUGUCUCAAUUUACCUUUGUCUUAUUUUCCUGAUAGUUGAAUUACUUUUAAUAUAACAAAUCAUCAAUUCCUGUCCAGCAGUGACUGCAAAUAAUGUCCAAAUUAUACAUUCUGUGACCAAAAGAGAAAUAAUCAUCUGUUUUGAAGGUGGAAAGUGAUAUUUUAUUGUAUUUAAGGCAAUUUUGAAAAUUGUUUUCUGUUGACUAAUGCAAAUUAUACAAUCUACUUAGCAGCUCAGGAUAUGCAGUUUGUCCUCCAGUCCUACGAAUGGUAGUCACAUUUCUGUCCUUCGUUUCUUGUGGGAAAGAUUUCACUGCUAUUGACAUACAGAUUUUCCUAAUGUAAAAAGAAAAAGUUUCCUUAGGCUACUGUACAAAUAUUGUAUCUAGUGGAGCUUUAGCUGCAUGUUUUUCCAUAAUUAUACUCUCACUCUCUUGGAAUAGAAAAUGUAGGAUUUCAGAAACAAGCUGGAGAAUCUUUCUCUAAACUGCUUGUUAAGGCAAUAAGUUUUAUAGGCCUCUGGCUGAUCUGCACUAAUUUGUAACAACUUUUGUAUGUUCAGGGAGUGGAGUGUGUUAGCCUUUUCUUUGUAGAAAAUUAACAGAAAAAGUCUCAUUAGAUUAUUUGUUGAGGCUCUUGCAGGUUUAGCUUUGGUGUAAACGGAUAAGGUCGAAAUUAUUUUCCAAUUCACGUGUUGCUAAAGAAGUGACCACCACCGUUACUGUUAAACAUGCCUACACCGACGAUAGAUUUUUUUCUAUGCAUAUUUAUUUCAAGACAAUCUCGGCUGUGAGCGCUGACUUAUAGACAUUUAUUUAUAAUGUUUUCUCAGUUUGAAGAAGAAGAAAGUCAUGUCACGUUGUUUGACCCCCUGCGGUGUACUAUCAGCUCCGAUUGUUCAAACCAAAAAUGUGUGAUGACGGAACAUUAUAACGCUUUGUGAUUUGAAGUUAGUUUAAUCAUAUAUGCAUAUUUCCUUUGUGUGAAGUCGGCUUUUUUUCCCUUUAAAAAAAAAUAAAGUGUUUCAUCAACUC